AUGGAGCAACAAGUCCCUCUCAAUUACGAGGCUUCGGCCGGCGAUACCAACAAACAGGUCACCGCCACCCUGCCCCAGGAGGUCGUUCAAUGCUUGGAGAACGCCCGAUUCCUCCAUCUCGCAACAUGUACCGAUAACAUCCCGAACGUCUCCCUCAUGAACUACACAUACCUCCCGUCAUCCGACUUUUCGUCCACACCAGUCAUCGUCAUGACCACCAACCCCGCCUCGAGAAAGACGCAGAACCUCCUAUCGAAUCCUAACGUCUCUCUGUUGGUCCACGACUGGUCAUCCCACCGCCCACCGACUUCAGGCCGCCGUCUCUCUGGCGGCAGCCCCGGGCCCGAGCACCGCUCCAGCCUCGCCUCCCUCCUUCUGAACCUGAACACCGCCGCAGUCUCCAGCAUCAGCGCCACCAUCAACGGCACCGCUAGCCUAGUGGACAACGGGUCCGACGAAGAAAAGUUUUACCGCGAGGCGCAUCUCGAGAACAACACCUUUGACGAGGGACAGAGUUUCAACCCCAGCGUGCAGGCCGAGGACGGUGGCAGGGGAUGUUUCGUGGCCGGCGAAGAGGUACGGGUCAUCGUGGUCAAGAUCAAGGACGUGAGAAUCAGCGACUGGAAGGGCGCGGUGCGGGAUUACGUCUUGGCCGAGGAGAUCGCUGCUCCCCAGCUCAACGGCGUACGGUAG